AUGGUCCUUUACUCCUUCCUAUUGAUUGGAUCGAUGGACAUGGAUAAAACCGGCAUAGAGUUAUUUGAAGGGAGAGGCUUAAAACUUGAUGAUGGCUCACAUAUGCUUAGUGAAAUAAGCAAAGAAUUGAAAAAAAAUGGUCAUUCACUCCUUCCUAUUGAUUGGACUGAUGCCAUGGAUAAAACCGGCGUAGAGAUAUUUAAAGGGAGAGGCUUAAAACUUGAUGAUGGCUCACAUAUGGUAACAACGAUUGGCGAAGGAACGAGUAUAAAAGGACCUCACUGGAUUUUAUGUGACACUUUCAAUGGAGCUUGGGGUUUCAGAAAAACCGAUGAUGGACGUAUCUUGAAGAAGUGCACCAAUUUUGCAAUUGCACUGGACUCUGCAUCCACAGUGAUACAUGAUGCAUUUGAUGGAUUUCCUUGA